GUUACAUGUAAAUAAAAACCCACAGAGAAGAAGAUGGGCGUGGUCUGUGAGUGACGUGGUGAGUGUUUAUGUCAAGCGAGUAACGUUAGCAGCCGUCUGUACCUGUCACACCUAAAAUCGUGGACCAAAACCGAGCGCUGUAGUGCCACCCUUGCCCGGGUGCCAUGCUCCUCUGUUACACAUGAGCUCUACUAUGUGGUACAUCAUGCAAAGUAUUCAGAGUAAAUACUCUUUGUCUGAGAGGUUGAUCCGAACAAUUGCAGCCAUCCGCUCCUUCCCACAUGACAAUGUUGAAGACCUCAUCCGAAAGGGAGCUGAUGUAAACCGAAUGCAUGGCACUCUUAAACCUCUGCACUGUGCUUGCAUGGUGGCAGACGCUGACUGCGUAGAGCUGCUCUUGGAGAAAGGGGCUGAGGUGAAUGCAUUGGAUGGAUACAACCGCACAGCUCUGCACUACGCAGCAGAGAAGGAUGAGAGCUGUGUGGAGCUGCUGCUGGAGUAUGGGGCCCUGCCAAAUGCUCUGGAUGGGAACAAGGACACCCCUCUGCACUGGGCUGCCUUCAAAGACAACCCCGAGUGUGUGCGCGCCCUGUUGGAGAGCGGGGCCUGUCCCAACGCCCGGGACUACAACAACGAUACCCCUCUGAGCUGGGCCGCCAUGAAGGGCAACCUGGAGAGUGUCAAAGUGCUGCUUGAGUAUGGCGCCCAGGUGCAUGUGACUAACCUGAAGGGGCAGACUCCCAUCUCCAGGCUGGUAGCUCUGUUGGCCCGAGGCCUGGGCACUGAACAGGAGGAGGAGUGUCUGGAGCUGCUUUGCCGUGCAGCAGGGCGCUUUGAAAUCCGGCGCGCUGAUGGGACCCUCCCCCGGGAGCUGAGUAAAGACCCUCAGCUGCUGGCUAGGUUGAGCAACAUGGUGGCCCAGGCGCCCUCUCUGCGCUCUCUGGCUCGAUGUGCCGUGCGCCAGAGCCUCGGUGUACAGUUCCUCCCUGCUGCAGUGAAAGAACUUCCUUUACCUGAGACUAUCAAAGACUAUCUACUGCUCAGAGACUGAAUAUGCACAUUAAAAGAUCAUGAAAACAUGGUGCACACACUGUGUCUGCAAAAAUACUGACUCCUGGCUGUGGCAUUUUGUUUGUCUGCCUUUCUUUAAAUGUAACAUUUUUACACAAUCAAAGGCUUGAUUUUUACUUUACACACAUCAUUUUGAAUUUAUUACAAAUACUUUGAAACUAGUGUAGCUCAGACUUUCUAAUUUUAGGUUUUUAAGUACUAAUAUUGCAAUACUUGAUGACUUCCAAGCAAAGCCUGCGUGAAAUUGGCUGGCCAUUUACUUGCUGCUACUCGAAAAUAUUUACAUCAAUUUACAUCAAUUUACACGGCUUCAAGGAACAGAAUUAGCUUUGCUGUUAUAAUUGAAGAUUUUUGUUUGCUUUGCCAUUUCCAUCAGGUUUUCAAUUCAGGGUGCACGUUCAAAUGCUAAACCUCAUUAUUUUACUUUAUUAAGAACCACAGCUUUGUUCAUAUAGUCCAACAUAAUGUAAAAAUUGAAAAAAAUGUUUGUGGUUAUAUUACUUUAUAUUUUGAGGAUUUUAUUUUAUUUUAAGGUGCAGUUGCCAAGAAUUGAGGAUUAGGACAGAUUUUUUAGUCUAUGUUUAAAAAAUAAUCUAAUGUAAUUUUAUGUUUGGUUACAUUAACAGCAUGCAUUCUAAUGUGUCACUAAAGAUUAUUAAAUAAGCUAGAAAUGUGUUUUUGUUAUGUUUGUUAUGGCAUUUGUCUAAAACAAAACACUUUUUGUGUAAUAGUUUGUGUAAAAUGGCCUUCUAGUUCAUGUCUUGUUAAAAAAACAAAAAACAAAAACAAAACUUGUGCUUUACGUUGUUAAUAAAAAUAAACAUCUUUCUAUCAAAUGAU